CGAGCUCAAACGUGGCCUGAUCUACGUUCGGGAGCAGGGGGGAGCCACCAGCUCAUCUCAGCGUACCCCUGCUCUCUGAAAUGAACCACGCCUGACUUCCCACCACCACCACUACCACCAGCAGCAGCUCAACGACAGCCAUAUUGUAUGUCUUCGCAAAUCGCCUUACGGUAGAUCUGACUUCCAUGGUUUCCCCCCCCUUAACCCCGUGUCCGUGAAACCUUUUCCUGGGGAAACCCCGACGAGAUAAGGACCCACCGAACCGGAUCGUGUUCUCCUCGUCUACUGGAAAACGAACCGGAGGAUCUUGCAGGUUUUUUUUCUGGGUUAAGCCAUAUAAAGCACACGCUUCCCCGCGGUCUUGUGAAAACAGUGUCCAAGCUCAGUCGUCCGCCACACCAGAGGGGGCACCAUGCCGAAACCGAUCAAUGUGCGCGUCACCACCAUGGACGCGGAGCUGGAGUUCGCCAUUCAGCCCAGUACCACGGGGAAGCAGCUCUUUGACCAGGUGGUGAAGACAGUGGGCCUGAGGGAGGUGUGGUUCUUCGGCCUCCAGUACACCGACAGCAAGGGCUACAGCACCUGGCUGAAGCUCAACAAGAAGGUCACCGCGCAGGACGUGAAGAAGGAGAACCCGCUGCAGUUCAAGUUCCGGGCCAAGUUCUUCCCCGAGGACGUCUCGGAGGAACUCAUCCAGGAGAUCACACAGAGACUGUUCUUCCUGCAGGUGAAGGAGGCCAUCCUGAACGAUGAGAACUACUGCCCCCCCGAGACGGCGGUGCUGCUGGCCUCCUACUCGGUCCAGGCCAAGUACGGCGACUACAGCAAGGAGGGGCACAAGCCGGGCUACCUCACCCACGACCGCCUGCUGCCCCAGAGGGUUCUGGAGCAGCACAAGCUGACCAAGGAGCAGUGGGAGGACCGGAUACAGACCUGGCACGAGGAACACAGAGGAAUGCUCAGGGAGGACUCCAUGAUGGAGUACCUGAAGAUCACCCAGGACCUGGAGAUGUACGGCGUCAACUACUUUGAGAUCAAGAACAAGAAGGGCACGGAGCUGUGGCUGGGCGUGGACGCGCUGGGCCUCAACAUCUACGAGCACGACGACAAGUUGACGCCAAAAAUCGGCUUCCCCUGGAGCGAGAUCAGAAACAUCUCCUUCAACGACAAGAAGUUCGUCAUCAAGCCCAUCGACAAGAAGGCCCCGGACUUUGUGUUCUACGCGCCGCGGCUGCGCAUCAACAAGCGUAUCCUGGCUCUGUGCAUGGGCAACCACGAGCUGUACAUGCGGCGCCGGAAGCCCGACACCAUCGAGGUGCAGCAGAUGAAGGCGCAGGCCCGCGACGAGAAGCAGCAGAAGCAGAUGGAGAGGGCCCAGCUGGAGAACGAGAAGAAGAAGCGGGAGCACGCGGAGAAGGAGAAGGACCGGAUAGAGCGGGAGAAGGACGAGCUGCUGGAGAGGCUGCGGACCAUCGAGGAGCAGACCCUCCGGGCCCAGAGAGAGCUGGAGGAGCAGACGCGCCGCGCCCUGGAGCUGGAGGCGGAGAGGAAGCGGGCGCGGGAGGAGGCGGAGCGGCUGGAGAGGGAGCGGCAGGCGGCCGAGGAGGCCAAGGCCGAGCUGGCCCAGCAGGCCGCCGACCAGAUGAAGAACCAGGAGCAGCUGGCGGCUGAACUGGGGGAGUUCACGGCUAAGAUCGCCCUCCUGGAGGAGGCCAAGAAGAGGAAGGAGGAGGAGGCCAACGAAUGGCAGCACAAGGCCAUGUCGGCCCAGGAGGACCUGGAGCGGACCAAGGAGGAGCUGAAGACGGCGGUCACGCCCCUGGCCACGCUGCCGGCGGGCGGCGGCGGCGGUGGCGGCGGCGGGUGCGGGCCCGACGAGGGGGAGCACUCGGAGCAGGACGACGAGCAGGCGGAGGCCAGCGCCGAGCUGUCCAACGAGGGCGUGAGCCAGCUGGAGCUGAGGAGCGAGGAGCAGCGGGUCACCGAGGCCCAGAAGAACGAGCGCGUCAAGCAGCAGCUGCAGACGCUGACCUCUGAGCUGGCGGACGCUCGCGACGACACCAAGAAGACGGUGAACGACGUGCUGCACGCCGAGAACGUCAAGGCCGGACGCGACAAGUACAAGACGCUGCGGCAGAUCCGCUCGGGGAACACCAAGCAGCGCAUCGACGAGUUUGAGUCCAUGUGAGGGGGGCGUGGCACCCAUCCGCUCCUCCCCCGUUCCCCUCCCACAACACACCCUCCCCCCCCCCCCCCUGCAUUUACCUGCAGCCAAUCGCUUUCCACGGACCCCGCAGACUCACAAUAAAACGAACGAACAAAAACAAAAAACGAACAAGGAACUAUUUUCCACCGGGACGGAAUUCGUAAGGGCGCGGUCCGGAGGGCCCUGAGCUCGUCUUUGCCAAAGUUUUGCCCUCCUCUUCGUCCACCUCCUCGCACGGCGCUAAUGUUUUCAAAGCUAACUUUUCUUAAAGCCUCCCAAGACGUCUCCCAC